AUGGUCUCUCUUUCAUUCCUCUCUUUAGGCCUGACACUCCUUUGCGCCUUUGCCUCCGGCCAUCCUGCCCACCUACCAACCCGCAUUGAUAUCGCCAAACGUGAAUCACCACUCAGAGUUACACUCUCUCCGACUGUAAACAAUGGCGAAAUUGAGGCAACACUCACGAAUUCUGGAUCUGAGAAUGUGUCGCUCCUUAAGCUCGGCUCAAUCUUCGCGGAUUCGCCUAUUCGGAAGGUUUCUACCGAGGACGAAGAUGGAACACCGAUUCCUUUUCAGGGUCUGUACUUCACCUACGACCUCAGCUCCCUCACCAGAGAAGACUACAUCGAUCUUCCCGCUGGUGGCGUGAUACGCAAUCUAAUUCCGCUCUCCGCCACCUACGAUCUCUCGGGCAGCUCAAGCUACCGGGUGUCCACUCCCGGAACAUUCCAAACAUUGGGCCUAUCAGCCGGCCGUGUCGCCACCGCGGACGCCGACGAGACCACCCGCUACUCGGUGGAUGCAGCAACAAUGGUCGAAUUCGAGAGCGAAGCGGUCACGCUCACCGUCGACAUGGCUCAGGCAAAGCGCGAAGAGAUGCUGUAUGAGGACCUCGAGAAGCGAGUGGUUGUUUCGAGCUACAGUGGUUCGAAGCUCUCCGCUUUGACCACGGGACUUCAACGGACCAGUAAAAUACUACUGCAACGACGUACGCGGAAACUGCCAGCCGCGUGGACAACGGUCCUCCACGAGUUGACCCACGCUCCUGGCGUCUUCAGCCCGGGGACUGCAGAUAACGCCUAUGGUUAUUCGGCUUCGACGGCGUUGAGCCAAACCAAGGCGGUGAACAAUGCGGAUACGUACGCACUGUACGUGCAGGCGAUCUACCAGAAUUGUUAA